UUGCUGACUGUCUGAUGGGAGUCUAUCUUUUGUUCCUGGGGAUAUUUGAUGUGAAAUUCCGGGGCGAAUAUAACCGGAAUGCUCUUAUCUGGAUGGAUAGCGUGGAAUGCCGAACGAUUGGCUUCCUCGCCAUGCUCUCCUCUGAAGUGUCUGUUCUUCUCCUCACCUACUUGACACUAGAGAAAUUCCUAGUCAUCGUUUUCCCGUUUAGCCAUCUGCGGCCCGGGAAGCUGCAGACAGUGUUGGUUCUGGCCUUCAUCUGGAUUCUGGGAUUUGUCAUAGCAGUUGUUCCCUUGCUAAAUGAAGACCUGUUUGGGAACUAUUAUGGGCGAAAUGGAGUAUGUUUUCCACUGCACUCUGAUAGGCUGGAGAAACCAACAGCCAAAGGAUACUCCACAGGGAUAUUUCUUGUGUGUCACAGAAUUUGCCGAUUCUUUUUUGUUGACAUUUGCUCUAUGUUUAUCUGUGCAGGAACAAUAAACUCCUGGGUGGUGAUCUUCAUUCUUCCUAUCAACAGCGCCCUUAACCCCAUUCUCUACACCCUGACCACCAGCUUCUUCAGAGAGCAGGUGGAGCUCCUCCUGUGCCGCUGGCAGCGGCGCUCGGCAUCAAAGAAAAACCGUAAGAGUCUCACCAGCUCCACCAUCUACAUGGAGACCCCUCGAAAUGCAGAAUACCCCGCAAAAAUUUCCUUGCCACGACUGUCUUUGGUAGACAUGGAUAACCAAUAUGGGUGAAAGAGCCAGUGAGUGAAAGGUAUCAUAGUUAGGCCUAUCAUAAUCAUUAUCUGGAGAUAAGACUGGAGAAUAACAGUCUUUCCUGGAACAAUUUAUGUGAAAGGAUGGUACUGAUUCUUGCUGUUUGGGUUCCAAUAUGGAGUGCUCUUUUUAGACAAGUGACUCUAGCUUCACUGUUUCCUCCAUUAAGAGAAGCACUUUUCAUCACUUUAGCUAGAUAAGAGCCUCGGACCCCUCCAGUGUCCAUUUCCCCCCUAAACACCAUGUCUGGCUUACAGCCCCUGAGCUGGGCUUGUUGUGUGUCUCAAAAGCUUUUAAAGAAGAAAAGCAAUGACUACAAAGCGCAGUAGAAGACUGUCAGUAUUUACUGCAGAGCACAUAUUAGAGGGAUCAAAGGAACUUUACAGCACAUGAAUGACAAUUUUUUUUUUAUGGAAAUGCUUAGAAAUGUGGUUUUGAGAUUUAAUUUUAGAAGUUAUUUAUAAUGUACAGCAAAGGGUUUUUUAAUGCUUGCUCUGCCAUUU